AUGUCCUCAUCGAAACCCUCCGUCACCUAUACCCUCUUUCUAUAUCGUGAAGAGCUGCAACGCCGAGAAGCCAGACAUUUACGCCUAAAUAAAACGAAAUUUGUACUCACCGAUGAGCUAAUUUCGAAAAGUGUACGAAAUUUACAUGAAUGUUCACGAUCGGAUUUGAGAGCGAUAUCACGUGAAUUGAUGUUCAAGAAGAAAUUGCAACGGAAUAUACGACGAAUUCACAAAUUGGAAAAGUUGGGUAUUAAAAAUGCCGAUCCGCAAUCACAGACAACGAAACUUUGA